AUGGUUUUAUCGCAAGUUGUCAACCAACUUGCCAACCCCAAUACUUAUAGCAACAGAAGGCGACGUCUCUACAUUCCCCCGUCUACGAACUAUCCCCUUUUUUCGUACGGUGGAGGUGAUGACCAGAGGUCUUUCCUUUCGUUAGAUGAGUCUGGCUCGGUUUUUUUGAGCCAGGAUGAUGCCAGUGAUAUUGCAAGCAUCAGCUCCUCGCGAUCUUUGCCAUCUUCCCUUAGUUCUGUUCCGACUUCCGAGGAUCAGGAGUCCUUCCAUUCCUGGCUCCAGGAAGAGCACGCUAGACGUUACUCUGCCAUCAACGACAACGAUGAUCCAGAUAGACAUUCAUAUGCAUCCCGACACUCCACCAAAGCUGGACUCAUGGUUGGUGCUGAGGACUUUGGUAGGUUGCGGACAAAUUACUCGAGGGAGGGUCGCAUGCUCUUCAGGUACUCUGUUCCGCUUAUAGUAACCUUUGUGCUUGAGCAUUUUUUCUCCAUUGUGUGUUUGUUGGUGGUGGGCCAUUUGGGCAAAAAUGAAUUGGCGGCUGUAUCUUUGGGAUCCAUGACCUCCACCAUUUCGUUGGCUAUAUUCGAGGGCAUUGCGACUGCUCUAGACACGCUUUGUCCCCAAGCAUAUGGAGCUGGUAACUUGGAAAUGGUUUCUGUGCAUGUGCAAAGAUGUCUCAUGUUCUCCAUGCUCAUCUAUGUCCCUGUUGCAUUGUUCUGGUGGAAUUCUCACUACUUGUUGCAGUAUGUAAUUCAGGAGCAGGAGGUACUCCAACUUACUACUCAAUUCUUGAGAAUUUUCAUUUUGGGUGGCCCUGCGUACAUUUUCUUUGAAUGCUUUAAACGUUUCUUGCAAGCACAGGGCAUCUUUGAGGCCGGUACCGGUGUUCUUUUCGUUAGCGCCCCACUAAAUAUAUUCCUUUCCUGGUUCCUCGUGUGGAACAAGAAGUACGGUAUUGGCUACGCCGGUGCCCCAAUUGCAACCGUAAUUAAUUUUUGGAUCAUGGACGUUUUGCUAGUCCUCUAUACAAUUUUCAUCGAUGGAAAACAGUGCUGGAACGGUUUCUGCUCCUUUUGUGAAUUGUUUAAGAAAUGGGGACAGUUAUCACAUUUAGCCGUCCCAGGUAUCGUUAUGCUUGAGUCUGAGUACGUUGCCUACGAGAUCAUGACAUUGUUUGCGCUGUACUUUGGUACAGUAGAAUUAGCUGCUCAAAGUGCCGUUGGCUCGAUUGCUUCUCUUACUUAUAUGGUGCCUUUCGCUGUCAGUAUCGCUGCAUCCACACGAAUUGCUAAUUUUAUCGGUGGUCAAAACAUCUACUCAGCGAAGAAGGCAACCAACAUGAGUCUCAUUUUGGGCUUGGCUACUGCCGCUUUAAAUUGUAUUGUUUUAUGGACAGCAAGAGAUUUUCUUGCACGCCUCUUCACGAAAGAUGAGGAGGUAGUUGACCUUAUUGAGCGUCUCCUUAAUCCACUUGUUUCCAUCCUACAAAUCUUUGAUGGCACUGCUUCAGUCGCCAGUGGUAUCCUCAGAGCUCAAGGUCAGCAAAAAAUUGGGGGAGUUAUCAACUUCCUCUCGUACUAUGCAUUUGGCUUGCCAUUAGCGCUUGUCCUCAGCGAGGUUCUAGAUCUCAAACUAUUUGGUUUGUGGAUUGGUAUUGGUAGUGGUAUGGUUCUCAUAGGCUUGAGUGAGACAGUCUACAUUCUAUGGUGUGACUGGGAUGCCAUUCUCAUGAAGGCUGGCUUUCUAAACGAAACUGACAGCGAUUUAGAAUUUUAG